UACUAAAUAGAUUCAGGCACCAACAUUACCUACCUGCUCGAGCGUAAUACGGGUAGGACACUCAAGUACGCACGCGUCCACGCGCACUCGUUGAGUAGCAAGACAAUAAAAAGCAAGAACUAAAAAGCAAAAUUGGAAUUGGAGUUUAAAACACGAAGGCUACUCCUUAAAAAUAAAAAUAGAAGAAUACAGCUUUACUGAAAAAAGCAACAGCCAUGCAUCUAAACAGAGAAGAAGGGAACAGCAAAGGGUCUCUAUCUACCAGUGUGUUCCUGGUAUCUCUGGGGCUGACGGUGUGUGCCGUGUGGCUCGUAGCUCUGUGUGGAGUCUGCACCUGGUGUCAACGCAAACUGGGGAAGAGGAACAAGCCUGGGGUGGAGGCAGCCAGCACCCCAGAUUCAGUUCAGAUUCGUGGCCGAGGGGAAAACAAAGCCAUCAAUGAUCUAGACAGGGACUUUUGGAAUAACAAUGACAGCAGCAACGUGCAGCAGAGAUGGAGCUCCUACCCGCCCAAGGAGUUCCUCUUAAACAUGUCCCCCUAUGCCCCGUAUGGAGACCCUCGCCUCACGCCCAAUUUUGGGGACCCAUCCCUCUCAGCUGCCUCUACCCUGGAGCACAUUCCAUCCUCAGCAGCAGCCCGUCCUCGUCCCCUGGUGCGACAGCAGAGUCUCCAGCAGCCUCUCACCCACCAGCCUCCUCCGGGUCCCAGUGACCCCCCAGCCACCUCCCAGAGCCUGGGCCAGCUGCACACAGGGCCCGGGGGCGGGGGGCACCGGGGAGGCCCGCGGGGGGUGCGGGGGAGUCCGGCGGGGACAGGUGCUUCCCGGUACAGAGGAGCAGGAGGAGGACGCUCCAGGUCCAACCCAGGCAGCUGGGACCACAUGAUGGGACAGAUCCGCAACAGAGGACUGGACGUCAAGUCUUUCCUCGAGGGGAAGAUGGUUGUUCUGUCUCUAGCAAUCGGGCUGGCUGAACAAGAUGAUUUCGCCAACCUCCCAGAUCUACAGGAAGCACCGGCGUGCCAAGAAAACUCAACUCCACCGGACAAAUCAAGCAGGAGCCUGGGUAAGCCUGGGAGCCAGACCCCAGAUGAGGCAGGCCGCCUCGGGAACCCCUCCGUCACAGACCUGGCCAACUCUGUCACCACCAGCGACAUUCACAUGCUCUCUCCAGGCUCAGAAGAGGACACAGAAGGGCCUGUGGUUGAGAAGUUGGGCCGGAUCCAGUUCAGUGUGGGCUACAGCUUUCAAGACUCCACCCUGACCGUCAAGAUCCUCACGGGCCAGGAGCUUCCCGCCAAGGACUUCUCUGGCACCUCAGACCCCUUCGUCAAACUCUAUCUGCUGCCUGACAAGAAGCACAAGCUGGAAACCAAGGUCAAGAGGAAGAACCUCAACCCUCGCUGGAACGAGACCUUCCUGUUUGAAGGGUUCCCCUAUGAGAAGGUCAUCCAGAGGACCCUCUAUAUGCAGGUGCUGGAUUACGAUCGCUUCAGCAGGAACGACCCCAUCGGGGAGGUGUCCAUCCCCCUUAACAAGGUGGACCUGGGCAACCAGCAGACCUACUGGAAGGAGCUGAAGCCCUGCAGCGACGGCAGCGGGAGUCGAGGAGACCUGCUGGUGUCACUGUGCUACAACCCCCAAGCCAACACCAUCACUGUGACAAUCAUCAAAGCCCGCAACCUCAAAGCCAUGGACAUCGGAGGCACCUCCGAUCCCUAUGUGAAGCUGUGGCUGAUGCACAAGGACAAGCGUGUGGAGAAGAAGAAGACGGUGACAAUGAAGCGAUGUCUGAACCCCGUGUUCAACGAGUCCUUCCCCUUCGACGUCCCUGCCCACGUGCUCCGAGAGACCACCAUCAUCAUCACCGUCAUGGACAAGGACAAGCUCAGUCGCAACGAUGUCAUCGGCAAGGUACCGCCCCCUCGUAAUGCCCAGACCACCACCCACAUACAUCACCAGUCCACACUGACCCCUGCUGGCACAUACUGA